AUGUCUGAUAGUGAGCACCCCCGGCAUUGCUUUCCUCCACUUCUGCUGACUGCGUCUCAAGCCGACUUCGACACCGUGAGGCGUUUGCAGGCGGAGCGCAAUGCUCAAUCCGCCGGCAAGAAAGGUUCAAAGACUUUCGAUUCAUCCAGUCAGCGCACUGACUCAUCCACCAAGGCGUCCUUGACUGAAAACUUCGAUUCUGCUCUCUACGAUCGAGAUGGCCCCGACAAAUUUGCGGGCUAUCACACCUCCCUCCCAGCUGAUGGCGAGGACGACGAGAUGCCGGACGCCGCUGAUACCAGGAGACUAGUUGGACAAUAUACCGCCACAAAGGAUCAGAUGAAUGAGUUCUCCACAGGGACUGGUGUGGAGGAGGAGGAUAUUCUCCUUGGACGUGAGAAAUCUGCCAGGAUAGCAGAUCGUGAGACUGAUUACCAAAAGCGAAGAUUUGAUCGAGGUCCUCUUACCCCAACCAGGGCCGAUCCUUUUGCUGCGAACAAACAUGCUGGUGUCGCAGAAGGCGCUACGUAUCGCGAAGUCAUGCAAUUGCAAGACUUGGAGCGUGAAGAAGAGCGCGUCAAGAAGCUCAUUGCUGAGAAGCAGGCGGACGGUGGUUCUGUCACCGAGCAUAAGCCCGUCCUCAAAGAGGAAGCCGACAAGGAAAAUGUUGACGCAGGCUCAACCGUCGAAGCCACCGGUCGCAAGCGCAAGAAGAGAUGGGAUGUCUCCAGCGAGGCCACUCCUGCGACUGAUGGAGAGGAGCCGAAAAAGCGCUCCAGAUGGGAUCAAGCUCCUACUCCCGAUGGCGCUCCCGCUCCUGCGAAACGUUCACGAUGGGAUCAAGCACCCGCGUUGACUGCGGCCACCCCAGUCGGAAGCGCCGGUCUCGCCACGCCAAUGCACCCUUCACAGGUAAACCCCGUCGGCUUUGGCACCGACAUUUCCGGCCGAAAUGCUUCUUGGACCGAUGAAGAACUUGACAUGAUGCUUCCCACAGAGGGUUACACGGUUCUAGAGCCCCCUCCCGGAUAUGCUCCUAUCCGCCCGGUCGUCAGAAAAGUGGCAGCGACUCCGGCGGCAGCGAGCAGUUCAGCGGGCAUUGGUGGUUUCAUGAUGCAGGAGCCGGAGAGUGCACGAAUGUUGGGCAAACAACUCCCCACUGAAAUCCCUGGCGUGGGCGAUCUUCAAUUCUUCAAAGCGGAAGAUAUGGCCUAUUUCGGCAAACUCGUCGACGGAGCUGACGAGAAUGCGAUGUCGGUGGAAGAACUGAAAGAACGUAAGAUUAUGCGGCUCCUACUGAAGGUGAAGAACGGAACACCUCCUAUGCGCAAAACCGCUCUGCGACAAUUGACUGACAAUGCUCGACAAUUUGGCGCCGGACCGUUAUUCAAUCAAAUUUUGCCGUUGCUCAUGGAAAAAUCUCUGGAGGAUCAAGAAAGACAUUUACUGGUCAAGGUCAUCGAUCGCGUGCUCUAUAAGCUUGACGACCUAAUUCGACCAUACGUACACAAGAUCUUGGUCGUCAUCGAACCUCUGCUCAUCGACCAGGAUUACUAUGCUCGUGUCGAAGGCCGGGAAAUCAUCUCGAACCUAAGUAAAGCAGCUGGUUUGGCUCACAUGAUCAGUACGAUGAGACCCGACAUUGACCAUGUGGAUGAGUAUGUUCGCAACACGACUGCAAGGGCCUUCGCAGUGGUGGCUUCGGCUUUAGGGAUUCCGGCACUUCUGCCUUUCCUGCGUGCGGUCUGUCGGAGCAAGAAGUCAUGGCAAGCUAGACAUACCGGGGUCAAAAUUGUCCAACAAAUCCCCAUCCUUAUGGGCUGUGCCGUUCUGCCGCAUCUGAAAGGGCUAGUGGACUGUAUCGCGGAUAACCUGAGCGAUGAACAGGCCAAGGUGAGAACGGUUACCGCCCUGGCGAUUGCUGCAUUGGCAGAGGCUGCAAACCCUUACGGUAUCGAGAGCUUCGACGACAUCCUCAAUCCUCUCUGGACUGGUGCUCGAAAGCAGAGAGGCAAAGGCUUGGCCGCCUUUUUGAAGGCUGUGGGCUAUAUCAUCCCUCUCAUGGACGAAGAAUAUGCAAACUACUAUACCAGUCAGAUCAUGGAGAUUCUCCUCCGGGAGUUUGCCUCUCCUGAUGAAGAGAUGAAGAAAGUCGUGCUAAAGGUCGUCUCUCAGUGUGCAGGCACCGAUGGUGUUACGGCAGGAUACCUCAAAGAACACGUCCUGCAAGAAUUCUUCAAGAGUUUUUGGGUUCGCCGAAUGGCUCUGGACAAGAGAAACUACCGUCAAGUGGUGGAAACAACAGUGGACCUGGGUCAGAAGGUCGGCGUCAGUGAGAUUGUUGAACGAAUCGUCAACAACCUCAAGGAUGAGAGCGAAGCCUAUCGAAAGAUGACCGUUGAGACCAUCGAAAAAGUCAUUGCAUCCCUGGGAGCCGCAGACAUUGGGGAACGGCUGGAGGAGCGGCUGGUCGAUGGCAUGCUUUUCGCCUUUCAGGAGCAGAGCAUCGAAGACAUUGUCAUGCUCAACGGGUUCGGAACCGUGGUCAACGCUCUCGGCACUCGAUGCAAACCUUACCUUCCCCAGAUUGUCAGUACCAUCCUGUGGCGCCUGAACAAUAAAUCCGCCACUGUUCGUCAACAGGCUGCCGACCUCAUCUCCCGCAUCGCCAUGGUCAUGAAACAAUGUGGUGAAGAUGCAUUGAUGGGUAAGCUCGGCAUCGUGCUGUACGAAUACUUGGGCGAAGAGUAUCCUGAAGUCCUGGGGUCCAUCCUCGGCGCGCUACGAUCCAUCGUCACAGUGGUCGGGAUCAAUCAAAUGCAGCCGCCCAUCAAAGACCUACUCCCUCGCCUGACACCUAUCCUGAGGAAUCGACAUGAAAAGGUGCAGGAGAACACCAUUGACCUCGUUGGGCGUAUUGCAGACCGUGGGCCGGAGUCAGUGAACGCGCGAGAAUGGAUGCGCAUUUGCUUCGAGCUGCUCGAUAUGCUCAAGGCGCAUAAAAAGGGCAUCCGACGUGCGGCAAACAACACAUUUGGCUUCAUCGCCAAAGCGAUCGGGCCUCAAGACGUGCUGGUGACCCUCCUCAACAAUCUGCGUGUGCAGGAACGACAGUCCCGAGUUUGCACGGCCGUGGCAAUCGGCAUCGUUGCCGAAACCUGUGCGCCGUUCACCGUUCUUCCGGCCUUGAUGAACGAAUACCGCGUGCCGGAACUCAACGUGCAGAACGGCGUGUUGAAAUCGCUGUCGUUCCUGUUCGAGUAUAUUGGCGAAAUGGCCAAGGACUACGUCUACGCUGUGACGCCUCUGCUCGAAGACGCGCUCAUCGACCGGGAUCAAGUGCACCGCCAAACCGCCGCAAGCGUGGUCAAGCAUGUAGCCCUCGGGGUGGUCGGCCUCGGUUGCGAGGACGCCAUGGUGCACCUGUUGAACCUGUUGUAUCCCAACUUGUUCGAGACCAGCCCGCACGUCAUUGACCGCAUCAUCGAGGCCAUCGAGGCCAUCCGCAUGGCUGUCGGCACGGGCGUCGUGAUGAACUACGUCUGGGCGGGCUUGUUCCAUCCUGCCCGUAAAGUGCGGAUUCCGUACUGGCGGCUCUACAACGACGCGUACGUCCAGAGUGCGGACAGCAUAGUGCCGUAUUAUCCGAACAUGAAGGACCUGGGUCUUCCACGCGACGAACUGUACAUUAUGAUUUGA